AUGUUUGCCUGGUUAGAAAAUAUCAUCAGUUGUGAACUACCACAUGAUAAAGGCCCCAUACCAGAACAUUCAGCUGCAGACACCAAGAAACCACUUCGUCCUAAGGAAGAUAUAGACCCUCACUUAGACCAACAACCGCAAGCGACGGAACUAGACGAUCAGUCUUUUGAAUAUGAAUUUACUGAAUUUCUGAGGCGAUUAGCAGUAGAGUGCAAUUGGCAUAUGCACAAUGACACCUGUUAUAAGCACCUUAAGCAUGGCAAAAAGAGAGGGGAUGCUAAUUGUCAAAUGAGGCUUGAUGGCACAGUGCAAGAGCAAACAAUGUUAGAUGUCGAGACUGGCUCCAUUGAACUUCGUUGGUGGUGGGGCCAUAUAAACAAUUUUACAGAUUUGAUACUCUUUCUGUUGCAAUGUAACACGGAUACACAAUUUAUUGGGUCAGGAGAGGCAGCGAAAGCGGCUGUCUUUUACAUCACAGAAUAUAUCACAAAAGGAAAUGUCCCGAUGUAUGUUGGGUUACAGGCAUUGGACUUCGCUACUAAGAUGCAUGAUGCUAAGUAUAUCAAUGCUGAGAGUGUGAAUGAGGCUCACAAGCGUCGAAAUUUGAUCACAAAGUCUGUGAAUGCCAUGAUGGGCCGCCAGGAGACCUCACAUCAACAAGUCAUGAGUUAUUUAGUGGGUGGCAGGGAUCAUUAUACUAGUCAUACCUUCAAGCCUUUCAAGUGGUUUGAAUUUGUCAAUGCUGCCACUAAAUUUGAGCACGAUGCAAAGGUGUUAGAACCGGAUGAUGUGGCAGACAAUGAAAGCACUAUAACACCUGCAGAAGCCAUCACUGUCAACAUUUUGACGCAUGAUGUUGAAUUUACAAGCGACUUACAAGAUUAUAUAUUACGACCGAGUGAUGUGAACUUUGCCAACCUUACCCUCUGGGAAUUUGCAGAAUCUGUGAUCAAAGAGAAAGGGAAACUCGAUGUUGAGAGCCACGACGACGGGAAAUCUGAUGAUAGCCUCCUGGUUGAGGAUUAA